AUGGGCCGGUACAGGAGUACAGGAGUACAUGGGCAAGCCGACGAAGGUACAUGCCAGGAUGGGGAUGGGAUGGGAAUGGGAUGGGCUAUUCUCACUGUGGCGUCUGAUCCCUGGCCACACCAGCAUGAAGCUGGGGGUGGGCUGUCGUUGGGUCUUGGGGCAAGGUGUGCGCUGAGGCGGCGGCGUCGGCGUCGGCGUGGAGUCGCCGAUCGACAACCUCGAAGCCGCGGGUCGACGGGCGGCCGGGUUGAGAACUUUGAGUCACCUCACCUCUUUGGCCAGCGAGCCGUCACAGUGGGACUGUUAGGGGGGAUUGUUAGGGGAGAGCCCUUGUUUGCUGCUCUGCAAACUGCGCCGCGCUGCUCCCACGGCCUGCAUACCGCCCCGUCCUAUGGGAGCCCUCUGGACGUGGCUUGCGCCUACCAUUGGGCACCCAACCCUGCCUGGGAUUUGCACGCACCUUUGCUGGGAGACGACGCUGCCAAGCUGCGAGCCACUGGGAGCCUGUCGCGCCCGUUGCACGCCUUAGAAGUUGGCCCGGGGGGGUCCAUCAUGGAGACGCUGCGGCGGGGCCCGCCAGUGCUAGGUCGCGAUGCCUGUUGGCCUGCUGCCGGAGCGGUUUAG